AUCAGAAGCUCCUCAAAGAGCCUCAGAAACUCUGAUGAGAUCCAAAGCAGAUGUCCACAGUCAUCCUGAUGGAGAAACAUCUGGUUUCUGAGGACUCUGUUCAGUGCAGAAAUGAUGCGGUGAGACCCAUGUGCUCCGUUCCUCCACAUCAGCAGAUGAAUGAAUGUGUGUUACUGCGUCAGUAUGCGGAAAACAUAGACGAGGAGGAAGGACAGAAGAUGACGAGGCCCGACGCUUUCAUCUCGCUGGACGCUGAGGCUGACGUCUCUGUGAGGAGAAGAAAAACAACCCUCGUCAGAUCCAAAACAUUUGAUCCAUCACUGCUUCUGCAAGUCCAGAGUGACUCUGAAUCCAAGUGUGAACGCAGGAAGCCGCAGCCCUGUCAGUCUCUGCGCACUAAUAUCCAGUACCACAAAGUUUUUAAAGACAUAAGUGAGGACGAACAACUGAGGCAGAGUUACACGUGCGCCCUGCAGAAGGACAUCCUGUACCAGGGGAGACUGUUUGUGUCUGAUAACUGGAUCUGUUUCCAUUCCAAAGUGUUCGGAAAAGACACUAAGAUUGCGAUUCCAGUUUCUUCAGUAGCAGUCAUCAAGAAAACAAAAACUGCCAUCUUGGUGCCAAAUGCACUGGUUAUUUCUACCGCACACGAUCGGCAUGUGUUUGUUUCGUUUCUGUCUCGAGACACGACCUACAAGGUUUUGAUGUCUGUUUGCCCUCAUCUGGUUGAGAAGAGUCCUGGGAUCAGUCAAAUCCCAUCCCAGAGCCUGAGAGGACAUCCAGCGUCUCUGCCGACGGAUUUCACAGCAGAUCUGUCAGAUUUGGACGGUCCGGUCAGACAGACGGGUCAGCACAUGGACGACAGCAGCAGCUCCGACUGUGCAGAGUCACCGGAUUUCAUCAAAACCCCAAAAUUCCCAAAACGAUCUCAAGCUUUUAUUGACGUGACUAAAAGAGACAGUGAACUGGAUUCUCACACACAAGAAAACAACACCACUGCCAACUUACCAUAUACUGGUUCUUCAGGACUGGCGGAAGUAGUGUUCAUGAAAACACUGCGGCCGGUGUCUCUCUCUCUGAAUGCUCUGGUGUUGAUCUAUCUGUCUCUGGUUUGUGUCCUGCUGUUGUCCUCCUGUUACAUGGCAUUUAAGAUUGUGUCUCUUGAGGAACGUCUGACAUCUCUUGUGUCAAUGGAGUUUCCACAUAAAAGAGAUGAAAUCCUGUUUGCUGGAGAUACAGCUGAGAUCUCCUCGGUUCUUUCUGCAAGUCUUCUGAAGCUGGAAAAGAUUCACAGAAACCUGCAGAGACUGCUGGAGACCAUAUCUAAGGUCUGAAUGAAGAUCAUUCGGGACAUUAGGGUAGUUCUCUCAAAGGAAAACCCAUGGAAAUGAAAGCCAUUUCAGUCACUGUUAUGAUUUUACACUGUUUGUAGUGACACAUUUAUUGAAAAUUUAGAAAGUCAGACACAUGAAAUAAACAUUAGUGUUUUCACACAUCUGACUGUUUAUAAACUAGUAUAUAAAAUGAAAGUAGCCUGAUAUUUGACUUUGUAUGAAUAGACUGUACAGUGAUUCUUGCUGAAUCUCAUUAGAUAUACAAGUAAGAUAUGAACGAAAAGCUGUGCAUUAUUGUCAUUGGGAGUGAAUAAAGUUUGUAUAGAAUAUGAA